GCUAAGAGUGUGGUUGGUAAGUUCUACGAUCAGCAACAAACUACACCCUAUUUUUCUCUAACAGAACCACUGCCUUCUCCAUUCACACAACCAAAUGGAGACGCCACUGAUUAACGAAAGCUUCUCCACCGCCAACGACGGCGGAGAUUACAACCCUGUCAAGAGCCUUAAAGAGCUAAAAUUAGUGUUCUGGAUCGAAACUGUUAAAAUAUGGAAGAUUGCCGGUCCGGUUGUGUUUAAUUUCAUGUGUCAAUAUGGCAUCAACUCCGUCACUAAUAUUUUCGUCGGUCAUAUCGGCGACUUUGAGCUCUCCGCCGUUUCCAUUUCUCUGUCGGUCAUUGGCACUUUUUCCUUUGGCUUCAUGCUGGGGAUGGGAAGUGCAUUAGAGACACUAUGUGGUCAAGCAUUUGGUGCAGGGCAAGUUCAUAUGCUAGGCAUUUACAUGCAGAGGUCAUGGAUUAUCUUAUGGGUGACUUGUUUUUGUCUCUUGCCCAUUUACAUAUUCGCUUCACCAGUUCUAAAACUGCUUGGGCAAGAGGAAACCAUGGCUGAUCUUGCUGGGAAAUUCACUCUACUAAUUAUUCCACAGUUAUUUUCCCUUGCAAUUAAUUUCCCUACCCAAAAGUUUCUUCAGGCACAAAGCAAGGUUGAUGUCCUUGCUUGGAUUGGCUUUGCGGCUUUUGUCUUACACGUUCCUCUGCUUUGGCUCUUAAUUCACGUGUUCGGGUGGGGAAUAAAUGGUGCAGCUAUAGCAUUUGACAUUACCAAUUGGGGAAUUGCUAUAGCUCAAGUUGUGUACGUUUUAGGAUGGUGCAACGAAGGGUGGAACGGAUUCUCGUGGUCUGCUUUUAAAGAGAUUUGGGCUUUUGUUAGACUGUCACUCGCUUCUGCUGUUAUGCUUUGUUUAGAGAUUUGGUAUAUGAUGAGUAUUAUUGUGCUCACUGGUCACCUUGAUAAUGCAGUCAUUGCUAUUGAUUCCCUCUCUAUUUGUAUGAAUUUCAAUGGUUGGGAGGGCAUGUUGUUUAUUGGCAUGAAUGCAGCCAUCAGCGUUCGAGUUUCGAAUGAACUUGGAUCAGGACAUCCAAGGGCAGCUAAAUAUUCAGUAUAUGUGACAAUAUUUCAAUCAUUCCUCAUCGGGCUUCUUUCAAUGGUUGUAAUAUUGAUAACGAAGGACUAUUUUGCAAUCAUUUUCACCGACAGCAAGGAGCUCCAAGUAGCUGUUUCAAAGCUAGCAUUUCUCCUUGGCAUCACCAUGGUUCUCAACAGUAUUCAGCCUGUGAUCGGAGGUGUUGCAAUUGGGAGUGGAUGGCAAUCAUUAGUAGCCUAUGUCAACAUAGGCAGCUUCUAUGUUUUCGGGCUUCCAUUCGGUUACCUUCUUGGUUACACAGCAAAGUUGGGAGUAACGGGACUAUGGGGAGGAAUGAUAGCUGGAACUGCAUUGCAGACUUUAAUACUCUUGAUUGUACUUUACAGAACCAACUGGAACAAAGAGGUGGAACAAACAUCUGAACGCGUACGGAGGUGGGGCGGACAGGGCGGGGAAACCAUUACCGAGAAGGUCUGAAGUGAAAUAGGUCUGCCAGGGACAAUAUCUACAAGUUUUCAUUAGCAUUUGAGAGUUUCUUCAGCUGUUGAGCUUUACAGACUCUCCGUAUCACCCGUGCUCGGUAUCCGCCUUCAACUGUUAGUUCAUGGGAGCAACACUCAAUACUUCCAGUUCGCAGUUUUGUGCUGACAAAGAAAGGCUUCUGCUCAUUGAUUCUCAUGUUAGAAUAAGGACAUAAUCAAAUUUCAAUUUAUGCUUAUUUUUUGUGUUUGGUUGCUUUUAUGUAGUACAGCUUGGAAUUUGUUAGAUUUCUCUGAUUUAACUACAGAAUGUAGUUUUUUUACAGAUUGAUUAAUAAUUCCAGGCAAUUACAGUUUAAUUGUCAA